AUGACGCCGUUCAGUCAAGGUUCAUCUACAAAUGCCGUCGUCAAUGACACAGGAAGGCUCUCGCUGUCAUCAUCUCAUGCGACGCUCGGGCAGUCAUACAAGCCACUUAGCUCUGGGUUGGGAGAAGAUGUGAACCCGAAUACCAAUGUAUACCCCUUUCCUCCUUCUAGCCCAUUAUGGAAUCCUCCAAAGGCUACUUUGACUCCCGGAGCCGACACUGGCUCUCAAAGCACCGAUGAUGUUUCCCGUGAUCUCGAUGCAGAUACGGUUCGGGGUACGCCAAACGACUCCGCUACGACUGCUUCGCUAGUAUCUACCAUCAGUCAGAAAAAGUCAACGUCGCCCUUGGCCGCCCUAAAUUCACUUUCUUCGCUAUCGUCUGCUGCAGACCCUAAGGGAGUUGAGAGUAGACCCGGCUCUCCCAGAUACCGUCCCAAGUCGUCCAUCCCGUCAAGGCUCCCUACUGGCGUUUACGCCCAGCAGUGCGUCGCGGCGGCGUAUGCCUCUCGACUCAAUCCAUAUGCUCUUCAUCAAAAGGAACAAGACGCCCUGCAGGACCAACUUUGUCAUCUGCACGUCACCGUGUAUCUGAAUAUUCGAAACGGGAUUCUGCGGCUGUGGACACGAAAUCCAAUCGUGAGUGUUACCAAAGAAGAAGCUCUAGGCUGCGCAAAGGAAUAUCGGUGGAUGAACCUUGCCUCCUUUGCGUAUGAAUGGUUAAUACGCAACGGAUAUAUCAAUUUUGGCUGCGUCGAGAUCCCAACUGCUUUGGUGUCCAGCAAAAAAGGUCGUCGAAGAGAUGGUCCCGUGAUUGUCGUAAUUGGAGCAGGAAUGGCGGGUCUGGGCUGUGCGCGGCAGCUGGAGGGCCUCUUUCAGCAUUACCACGACCAGGCCGCUUCGCCGCGUGUUGUUAUUCUAGAGGGAAGGCGCAGGAUUGGAGGACGUAUCUAUUCACAUCCCCUACAGAGCCUUCGGUCGUCUAGAUUACCCCCUGGGCUUGUUCCCAAGGCCGAGAUGGGGGCGCACAUUGUUGUGGGCUUCGACCAUGGCAACCCGUUAGAUCAGAUCAUUCGAGGCCAGCUGGCUCUUUCAUACCAUUUAUUACGCGAUAUCUCAACCAUUUAUGACAUAGACGGCUCUCCGGUGGAUGAGUUGCGUGACGCCAUGGACGAGAAGCUCUAUAAUGAUGUUCUGGAUCGGUCCGGGUUUUAUCGGCAUAAAUCAGCUAUCGUCCCUACAGCAGAGGGGAACCGAGAAUUCAUCAACUCUGGCCGAGACGUGUCAACGAGCGACGGACUUACAGUAAGGCAAUACGAGGAGGCAAGGGCAUCUGGCACUAUUGGACAAUUGUUUCCCAAUAAACGUGUCCGCCGGGGGGUUGGCCAUAAGACUGCCGACAUUAAGACAGCGGGAGCAGACCUCGAUCGCAACGAAGAGGAUCCGGUCGCCCUAGCUUCUCAAACUAUGGGGUGGAAGUUGAAUCCUGGGGUCUCGGUGAACGAUACGCUGAACCUCGAUCCCAUCGCGAAGGCUUCGCCGUCCCAGACCCUCGGUGCUGUGAUGGAUGACGGAAUCCGACAGUACCAACGCAUGCUGCAAUUGUCGCCGAAAGACAUGCGAUUGCUCAAUUGGCAUCUUGCCAACUUGGAAUACGCUAACGCCACCAAUAUCGACCAGCUCAGUCUCUCUGGUUGGGACCAGGAUAUAGGCAAUGAAUUCGAAGGAGAGCACUCGCAGGUCGUGGGAGGCUACCAGCAAGUACCGUACGGACUGUAUGCAUGGCCGACGAAACUCGACGUUCGACCGAACAAGUCCGUGUCCAAGAUCACAUACGACCCGACUGGGGUCGGGAAGAAGACGGUGGUUCAAUGUGAGGACGGUCAAUUGAUCGUGGCGGACAAGGUGGUUUUCACCUGCCCAUUGGGAGUUCUCAAACACGGUUCAGUCCAAUUCUCGCCGCCUCUUCCCGACUGGAAACUCGGUGCCAUUGAUCGGCUGGGUUUUGGCGUCAUGAAUAAGGUGAUCCUUGUGUUUGAGCAGCCAUUCUGGGACACCGAGAGGGACAUGUUUGGGCUCCUCCGCGAGCCCCAGUCUCGAGACAGCAUGACGCAAGAUGACUACUCUGCGAAUCGCGGCCGAUUCUAUCUAUUCUGGAACUGCCUGAAAACCACUGGUCUUCCCGUUCUCAUUGCGUUAAUGGCCGGAGACGCCGCGCUUCAAGCGGAGUGCACGCCCGACGCCGAAAUCAUCGCGGAGGUCACUAGUCAGCUUCGCAACGUCUUCAAGCACGCUGCUGUUCCGGACCCGUUGGAGACCAUUGUUACGCGAUGGCGCUCGGAUAAGUUCACUCGCGGCAGCUACUCCUACGUAGCUGCUCAAGCACUCCCAGGGGACUACGAUUCAAUGGCCAAACCGAUUGGGAACCUCCACUUUGCAGGUGAAGCCACAUGCGGCACCCAUCCUGCCACCGUUCACGGUGCGUACCUGUCCGGCCUGCGAGCUGCGUCGGAAGUCAUCGAAUCCAUUCUAGAGCCAAUCCAACUACCCCAUCCGCUGGUCCCCGAGAGAGGCAAAGCGGACUUCUUCUCAGUCAACAGCCCCCCGAUCAGCGGGCAGAAACGCAAGCAACCGGCCACGGCCUCCUCCCUCGCCACGUUAGAACCAGCUGCUCCGUCGGCACCCAAAUCCCCCGAAGCGGCCCUUCGAGAGGCCUACGAACAUGCCAUGUGGGCGGCCAUCCAUGCCGAAAUAGGACCGCCCGUCCCUCGACCGGCACGAACCGUCGGUCUAAACCCUUUCCUCCUUUACCAGAAAGACUACUGGGUAAAAUGCCGCACUCAAUGCGACGAGGCGCGCCGCAAAGCGACGAACGACCCCAACGCCAAAACGCCGCGCGACGAAAUCCGCCACGCCCUAGGCCUGAUGUGGCGACAGGCCGCCGAGGACGAGAAACGACCAUACAUCGAGCAAGCGGAGGUUAAUCAGCAGACGAACGCCGAGAUGAGUUCCAACUGGCGGCAGAAGAUGGCCGAGUGGGAGAAGAAGAUGGACCAGGUGAAGGAGCGUUGGUGUGCCGCGCAUCCGUUCGAUUCGUGGAAGUCGGAGACCGCGACGAAUGCGAUUGGCAGUGGAUCGGGUCCUGGGCUGGGUGCUAAUGCCGUGGCCGAGGUUGGGGUCCAUUCUAGUGCUGAUGCCAAUGUUGAUGCCGCCAGUGUCGCUGCCCCCGGUGGCGCUAAUGGAUCGCAUCCACAGGGCCCUCCUGUUCAAUCGACUACGCAGUAUAUGCCUUCAUCUACUACGAUUACGGCGGAAGUUAGUUCCACAGUACCACCUUUGCUCUAG